AUGGCGCAAAAUAACAGUUGUCGUAAGAGACCUAAUAUACUUAUCACCGGAACUCCAGACACAAGGAAGACGACUACAACGGCUACCCUGGCGGUGGUGAUCGAGCUCCACCACAUCAACAUCGGCGAUUUCGCUAAUGAGGAAAACUUGACGAACGACUGGGAUGACACAUUCGAUUGCUACUACAUCAACGAAGACCUAUUGCAAAGGGAGCAAAGCCUAUCUGCUCCAAUUCGAUUUCGCAAGCAGGGUUUUCUCCAGAUUGAACUGGUUAAUUGUCAAUUUUAUCAAAGUUUUUAUGUGCAAACCAAUCAGUACUUCUUGAAGGAUUGUAAUGCCAUUAUGAAUGGUGUUUUUCAUAUGUGA